UUUUCUCAUGUGAUUGUAUUGUGGUGUGGAAUAAGGGUGUGAUGUUCACGAGACCAGGAUUAAAACAAUAUCUCUCAUUAUCCGGUGUGAACGGAUUCCACGGAGUUUAUGCCUGGAUUUUAUUCCGUGACUACAGGAUUUAAAGGAGCUAAAGAACACGUUCUGGCAACCCAGGGCACACGCAUCUACAUACACACACACACACACACACACACACACACUGUCACCACGCACACACAUCAGCUCUCGCGCGCUGGUGGUGAGUGCGUUUUUUUUCUCCCUCUCCCGGUAACCGGAGCGCCGCCGCCACUGCUGCUGCUGCUGCCGGACUGGAGCGCGGACUGGAGCGCGGACUCUCCUCCAAGCCCGUGACGGAUAAAAAAAUAUAUCAUACAGGCUCGAGCUUGCUUGACAAUACCGACAAAAACACACGCAUUAAACACACGCGUGUAUAUAUAUUUAUAUAUACACACACAUACACGCACACACACCACCGGGCGCGCGCGCGCUUGCGAUGAGAGCCGACUGUUCUUCAUUGACGCUGCGCGCGACGCCGUGGGACGCCGCUGACGGUUUUGCCGAGACUCUGCGUUGCGCGUGUGCAUACGAGAAGAGUGUGUGUGUAUGCUGAAGCAGCUGUGUGAUUAGGAGGGGCUGUGGGAGAUUGUGUGUGUGUGUGUGUGUGUGUGUGUGUGUGUGUGUGUGUGUGUGUGUGUGUAAGUACAGGUGAGUGCAGUCAUGGAUGAGAACGUGUACCAGUCCUUAUCUCGUCCUCGAAUGGAGCUCAGCUACUCCAGUUCUUCUGAGGAAGAGGACGAGGCCAACCUCCGUCACAAACACUACAGAGACUCUCGCGCUCACUCACACACUCACACCGAGUACGAACCCGACCGCAGGUUCACCUACAACAGCCACAAAAUACGCAGGAAACCCCACGACGUCACAGCCAAGGAUUUCCAAACCGAACUCCACUCGGCCAAUCAGGAGCUUGCAUACCCUGGCGGCGGCUCCCUGGGCAUGGCCUCAGACCCUGAGUCGGUGGGCGGGGCUUCCCCUGACCACGCCCUCCGUCUGUGGAUGCAGGAAGUGAAGUCUGAGCGAAGUUCUCGUGCCUCGAGCCGGGCGAACUCACUCCUCUCUCUCACCGACACCGAGCAGGAGGGGCGGGGCGAGCAAGAGAACGACAAUGAUCUGCCUUCCAGUCCUGUAGGUCGAUUCUCCUUCCGUCCUCUUCCUCCUCCUCCUCCUCCUCCUCAUGCAUGUGUGUGUUCUCCCACAUCCGGCGUUCCAGAACCCAUCCAGAGGAACACGCUUCCGACAAGGAACCACCAGACGGAGAACAAAACACAGCAGGACAAAACACACAACACCUGGGCUCUGAACAGCAACAUCCCACUGGAGACCAGGCACUUCCUGUUUAAACACGGCUCGGGUUCAUCGACGCUUUUUAACGCGACCAAUCAGAACUACCCUCUGACCUCCAGCACGGUGUAUUCUCCACCCCCGAGGCCAUUACCCAGAAGCCCCAUCUCCAGGCCGCUGUUCUCCUUCAGUAAACCGUAUCGCUGCUGUAACUGGAAGUGUACAGCGCUGAGCGCCGCCGCCGUCACCCUCACACUCGCCCUACUGCUCACUUACGUCAUCGAUAAGGAGGUGUGGCCUCGUGGGCGGGGCUACGAUGUGGGCGAGGUCGAGGUCAAAGGUCGGCUCCUCCAGGUCAUUCCACCCAGCAGCUUCUGGAGAUUCAGCAUGGUUCUGCAGCAUCCUGAGUUCAUCCGCUUUAAUGUCACACACACACACACUGCACUGCUGGGCAUCUAUGGCAGGAGGAACACACCACCUACACACACACAGUUUGAUUUUGUAAAACUGCUGGAUGGAAAGCCACAGCAGGAUGGAUGGAGCGUUGCCAUGGCGACCGUGUUUAUGGAGUAUCUGGACGCAGGGACGUGGCACAUCGGCGUCUACAAUGAUGGGAGAAAACCGGAGCAGGUGAAGGUGCAGAGCACGGCUGUAGAAAUGAGCGACGGUUGUUCCACGAACUGUAAUGGGAACGGAGAGUGUGUUUCGGGUCACUGUCACUGUUUCACCGGUUUCCUCGGGCCAGACUGUUCAAAAGACUCAUGCCCGGUGUUGUGUAGUGGUAAUGGCGAGUAUGAUAAGGGUGUGUGUGUGUGUCACGCUGGCUGGAAGGGAGCAGAGUGUGAGGUGGAGGACGGGCAGUGUAUCGAUCCCACCUGCUCCAACAACGGAGAGUGUGUUGACGGAGUGUGUGUGUGCGCGCCAGCCUUUAAAGGCAACAAUUGCGAGGAAGUGGACUGCAUCGACCCCACAUGUUCAGGUCGAGGCGUGUGUGUCCGUGGGGAGUGUGUGUGCUCUGCAGGGUGGGGUGGAGAGAUGUGUGAGAAUCCUCUCCCGGCCUGUAAGGAGCAGUGCUCGAGACAUGGAACGUACCAUUCUGAAACAGGGGUGUGUGAGUGUGAGCAGGGCUGGACUGGAACUGACUGCUCUACAGAAGUGUGUCCUGUGCCAUGCAGCGUCCAUGGUUUGUGUGUUGGUGGGCGGUGUCAGUGUGAGGAUGGGUGGGUGGGGCCAUCCUGUGACAGACAGGCCUGCCAUCCAAUCUGUGAGGAGCAUGGGGAAUGUAAGGACGGGCAGUGUGUGUGUCACCCCGGCUGGGAGGGAGAGCACUGUACUAUCGCUCAUUACCAGGAUUUGCUGGAUAAAGGAGUGUGUCCUGGUCUGUGUAACAGUAACGGCCGGUGUGUUCUCGGGCAGUAUGGAUGGAGAUGUGUGUGUCAACCCGGCUGGAGCGGAGACGGCUGUAACAUCGUCAUGGAGACGCAGUGCGGUGAUAGCAGCGAUAAUGAUGGCGACGGCCUUGUGGACUGUACAGACCCGGAUUGUUGUAGUCAGCAGGUGUGUGUGAACUCCCCUCUCUGUCAGGGCUCACCUGACCCCCGUGAUAUCAUCCAGCAGAGCUCCGCCUCCUUCACGCCACGCCCUCCAGCUUCGUUUUUUGAGCGAGUGCGUUUUCUUGCCGGGAACACACACACACUACCUGGAGAUGUGCAGUGGGACACCAGUCGUGUGUGUGUGAUCAGAGGUCGUGUGUUUGCACCUGAUGGAACUCCGCUGGUUGGUGUAAACGUCACAUUUCAGCAGAAACCCGAAUACGGUUUCACACUCAGCCGGCAAGACGGCAGCUUUGAUCUGAUGGCUGUAGGGGGCGCGUCCGCGACACUGCUUUUCCAGCGAGUGCCGUUCCUCACUCAAUCCCGAUCCAUAUGGUUACCAUGGACUCGUUUUGUUGUCAUUGAGCGGGUGAUGAUGUCACGGGUUGAGGCUCCUCCCCCCACAUGUGAACACAAGAACCUGGUUGGACCGAGUCCUGUUGUUCUUCCUGCUCCUCUCACACUGUUUGCAGGACAAUGUGAGGAAAGAGGACCGGUCAUACCUGAGCUACAGGUGGUUCAGGAGGACAUCGAGAUGGCGGGAAGUUUCGUGAAGUUGAGUUACGUGUCGUCACGUGCUCCGGGUUACCUGUCUGUCCUGCGUGUGCUCCUGACUCCGCCCCUCAUCCCUCUGGGGCUGCUCAGGGUCCACGUCUCCGUGAGUGUGGAGGGGACGAUGAUGUCCAAAACGUUCCCCGCUGAACCCAACCUGAGCUACGUGUACAGCUGGAACAAGACAGAUGUGUAUGGACAGCUGGUCAGCGGCCUUACACAGGCACUCGUCUCUGUAGGGUAUGAGUAUGAGGUGUGCCCUGACUUCAUCCUGUGGGAGGACAGUGUGGUGGAGCUGCAGGGAGCUGAGCUGAUCUCAUCACACUUGGGCGGCUGGACUCUCGACAAACAUCACACACUGCACGUGGAGAGUGGAACCCUUUACAAAGGGGACGGAGAAAACGUCUACAUUUCCCAUCAGCCCCUGCUCAUCUCCACGGUGAUGGGGACGGGGGCGGUGCGUCCGCUUGCCUGCCCGAGUUGUAACGGCCCAGCAGCCAAUCAGAAGCUGUUCUCCCCGGUGGCGUUGGCGUGCGGGUCAGACGGCAGCGUGUACGUCGGAGAUUUCAACUUCAUCCGCAGGAUAUUACCGAGCGGAAUCAGCACCAACCUGCUGGAGCUCAGAAAUCGAGACAUCAGGCACAGUGGAGGUUCUGUCCAUCAGUACUACCUGGCGGUGGAUCCUGUAAGCGACUCUCUCUACGUCUCGGACUCAGUGGGUCUGAAGCUGCUGCGUCUCAUUUCAGUGAGUGAAGUGCGCGAGGUAGGGCGCAACACAGAGGUGGUGGCAGGAACCGGAGAGAAGUGCACUCACUUCAACCUCAAAGAGUGUGGAGACGGAGGGAAAGCUACAUACGGCCUCACGGCACCUAAAGGUAUUGCAGUUGAUAAGCGUGGCGCUGUGUUCUUCGUGGACGGAGCGGCUGUAAGGAAAGUCGAGAGCGGCACCAUCACCACGGUGAUCGGCUUAAAUGCUGUCACGGCAACUCAGCCGAUCAACUGUGACACCUACAUGGACGCCAGUCAGGUACGUCUCGAGCGACCCACAGACCUGGCAGUGAAUCCUGUAGACAACUCCCUCUAUGUUCUGGACAAUAAUGUGGUCCUGCAGAUCACAGAGACGGGGCUUGUGAAAAUUGUUGCUGGGAGACCGGACCACUGCCCAAGCCCAUCUGCCUCGGAUCCUAUCAGGUCGUCCAUACGUGCUCCCCUUGAAGUCACUAAAGCCAUCACGGUGAGCCACCAGGGGACGCUGUACAUCUCCCAGACGGAUGACAGGAAAGUGCAUCGUAUCUAUGAAGUGAGCACCAAUGGAGAGAUGUCCGUCAUCAGUGGGGCGAUCAGCGAGUGCGACUGUAAGAUCGACCCUGACUGCGAAUGUUUCUCAGGCGAUGGUGGUUACGCUCGUGAUGCCAAGUUGAAGUCUCCAACAUCUCUGGCUGUGUCUCCUAACGGGACCCUGUUUGUAGCCGACGUGGGCAACCUGCGUGUCCGUGCGAUCACUCCGUCUCUUCCACGCCUCUCCUCCUCCUCCUUCUCCUCCUCCUCUUCCUCCACUCGUCUAUUUGAGAUUCCCUCCAUCUCUCAGCAGGAGCUCUACGUUUUUGCGGCGAACGGUUCGCACCUGUACACUCGCUCUCUGGUCACCGGCCACUUCUUGUUUAACUUCAGCUACACCGGGGCGGGGCUCCUCAACACAGUCAUGGCCGCCGCUCCUGAGGGUGGAGUGGUCACCGUAAGGCGGGACUCAAACGGUGCUCCGCUCUGGUUGGUUGUCCCAGGGGGGCGGGUCUACUGGCUCACCAUUAGCAGUGUGGGAACCCUGAGGAGAGUCUCCGCCCUAGCGCAUGAACUGGCUCUACUCAGUUACCACGGCAACACGGGACUGCUGGCAACCAAGAGUGAUGAAAACGCCUGGACCACUGUCUACGAGUACGACAUCGACGGGCACCUGAUCAACAUGACCUUGCCGACGGGAGAGGUCAGUGGGUACCACGGCAUCAUGGAGAGCUCGGUCAGGGUGGAGUGCACUUCAAACCGAGGGCACUUCAUGACCAUCACUAACCACUCAGAGGACAGUACGAUGUAUACUCUGCGGCAAGGUCAUGCGGGGAGUGUGUAUCGUGUGAGCGGAGAUGGUUCUCUGUCCGCCACAUACUCCAGCGGUAUGGAUGUGACUCUAAGCACGGAGCCCAACAUGGGGGCGGGGCCAUUACCGGGGCUGUUGCCAGGGGCGAUCCACCCCACCGUGGGCAGGUUCAACAUCACGCUGCCAGGAGAACAGAGCUCGAGCCUGAUCGAGUGGAGGCAGAGGCGAGAGCAGAGCCGAGGCAACUAUAGUGUCUACGAACGCAGACUGCGGGCUCACAACAGGAACGUGCUCUCGAUCGACUACAACCAGGCGACUCGCGUGGGGAAGAUUUAUGACGAUCACCGUAAGUUCACGCUGCGUGUUCAGUACGACGAGCUCGGCCUCCCGGUGCUCUGGACUCCCAGCAGGUACAGCGAGGUGAAGGUGAGCUACACCACCACGGGCCUCGUCUCCCUCAUCCAGAGAGGGAACUGGAGCGAGCGCAGAGACUACGACAACGCCAGGCUCGUCAGCCGCACCUGGGCCAACGGCAACACCUGGAGCUACACCUUCCUGGAGAAGUCCAUCCAGCUGUUGCUGCAGAGUCAGCGUCGCUACACGUUCGAGUUUGAUCAGAUGGACCACCUCUUGUCCGUCACUCUUCCCAGCAUGGUGAAACAUGGCCUGCAGACGGCGCUCUCCAUCGGCUACUACCGCAACACCUACACGCCCCCGGAUGGCCCCGCCCACUCUGUGGUUCAGGACUACGCCCACGACGGGCGCCUCCUCCGGACGCUGUACCUGGGAUCGGGGAGGCGUGUCGCGUACAGAUACGGUCGAGCGUCACGUCUCAGCGAGGUCCUUUAUGACUCGACGGUGGUCAGCUUCACCUACGACGAGGCCUCGGGGGCUUUAAAGACCAUCCACCUGAUGCAGGAGGGCUUUGUGUGCACCAUACGCUACAGGCAGACAGGUCCGUUAGUGGGUCGUCAGAUCUACCGUUUUAGUGAGGAGGGUUUAGUGAACGCACGCUUCGACUACAGCUACAACAACUUCCGGGUCACAAGCAUGCAAGCGAUGAUCAACGAGACACCGCUUCCCAUCGACCUGUACCGGUACGUGGACGUGUCGGGACGUAUCGAGCAGUUCGGCAAGUUCAGCGUGAUCAGCUACGACCUGAACCAGGUGAUCACUACGCACGCAAUGAAGCACACCAAGAUCUACAAUGCGAACGGGCAGCUCAUCGAGGUCCAGUAUGAGAUCCUGAAGUCUAUAGCCUUCUGGAUGACGCUGCAGUACGAUGGCGCGGGACACGUCAGCGCGUGCGACGUGCGCGUUGGCGUCGAUGCUAACGUCACGCGCCACACUUACCGCUACGACGCAGACGGCCAGCUGGCAUCGGUGUCAGUAGAUGACCGUCCCAUGUGGCGCUACGGCUACGACCUGAACGGAAACAUCAAUCUGCUGAGUCACGGCGACGUCAACAUUAAUGGACGGCUUACACCGAUACGCUACGAUCUCCGAGAUCGCAUCACACGCCUUGGAGAUGUCCAGUACCGCAUGGAUGAGGACGGGUUCCUGCACUCACGUGGCACCCUUGUGUUCCGUUACAGCGCUAACGGCCACCUACAGGGGGCGGUAGAUCGCCAGACGGGCCGCCGCAUUUCCUAUCGAUACGAUGGACUCGGAAGACGCGUUUUCACGCAAACCAGCGAUGGUACACGGGUUCAGUUUUUCUACGCCGAUCUGAAUGAACCGACCCGCGUCACGCAUCUUUACGAUCACGCCGCCUCCGAGAUCACUUCGCUCUACUACGACCUGCAGGGUCACCUGAUUGCUAUGGAGAUGAGCAGUGGCGAGGAGUUCUACGUGGCGUGUGACGUGGCAGGGACGCCGCUUGCCAUCUUCAGCAGCCGAGGCACCGUGGUCAAGGAGAUCCGAUACACGCCGUACGGAGACGUCUACCGCGAUUCGAACCCGGCCUUCGCGCUGCCGUUCGGGUUCCACGGAGGGCUCUACGACCCCCUCACGCGCCUGGUCCGCAUCGGGCGCCGUGACUAUGACACCGUCGCUGGGAGAUGGACCACGCCCAAUCACGACCUGUGGGCGGAGAUGAGCGAGGAUCCCAAACCGUUCAACCUGUAUGCAUUCAAGAACAACAACCCGCUGGGUGACGUGCAAGAUGUCACCAAGUUUACCACAGAUGUUAGCAGCUGGCUGCAGCUGUUUGGCUUCCAACUCCAUAACGUAGUUCCCGGCUUUCCCACGCUGCCGGUGGAGAAAACCCAACACACAUACGAGAUGAUGAACACACAGACACGAACACACAGCUGGGAGCCGAACAAGGUCGUUCUUGGAGUUCAGUGUGAGCUUCAGAGGAGACUUCAGAGCUUCAUCUCAUUGGACCGCCUCCCCAUGAGCUCGGCCAACGGGAAGCCGGGAACCAAGCGUACGCUCCGGCCCGGCUUCUCCGCCCUCUCCUCCAUCUUUGGCAAAGGUGUGAAGUUUGCUAUCCACGAAGGUGUCGUGGUGACGGAGAUAGUGGGCGUGGCUAGCGAGGACGGGCGUCGCGUGGCGUCGCUUCUGAAAGGCGCUGUCUACUUAAGCGACCUCCACUUCACCGUCUCCGGGCGCGACACGCACUAUUUCUGCAAGGCUAGCUCGCUGGAAGCGGACCUUGCCGUGGUCGGAGUCGGGGGCGGAGCCAGGGUUCUGGAGAACGGCGUGAACGUGUCGGUUUCGCAAAUGAGCGCGGUAAUGGGUGGAGAAACGCGGCGCUUUGCAGAAAUCGUCCUCCAGCAGGGGGCGCUCGGUUUGCACGUGCGCUACGGCGCAACGCCGGACGAGGAACGAGUGCGAGUGAUCGAGACGGCGCGGGCAAGGGCGGUGCGAGGGGCGUGGCUAAUGGAGCAGAGACGAGUACGCGAGGGAGAAGGAGGAAUCAAGGCGUGGACGGAGAAAGAGAAGGAGGAGCUUCUUUCCGAGGGGCACGUCACGGGUUACGACGGAUUUUACAUCCUGCCUGUGGAACAGCAUCCUGAACUGGCCGAUAGUCCAUUUAAUGUACAGCUAAUCAGACAGACUGACGCUGGGCGUAGGUAACACACACACACACACACACACACACACACACAAGCGUUUCUCAGCUUUCUUUCCAGGAUGUUGCCAAGGCAAAAACAAAGAAAGACUUCUUAGACUCUGGAAUGCGAUCAAACAAUGCAUCAUGAUGUUAUUUGAGGAAGUGCCCUGUUUGCAAGCUUUACAUUUAUUACUUUUUUGUGUUAAUGUUUUAUUCGUGACGCAAAAGCCUUCUGUUCGGACCUGAAAUGCCUCUGCUUUCCUUAAUCCCCCCGGCGAAAAGACCUGAAGACAAAACCGCCCUUGUGAAUAUUCUGAAAAUAUCCGACGAGUGCGACGUCGCGUACAGACCCCACGCUCAUCCGUCUGUGUGGAAAGAUCACGUGGACGUUAAAGUGACAGAAAAAGAAAACUUGGGGAGGGUUAAUUAAGGAUAUCAUUCCCGGGAACAUCAUCUUUUAGCUUUCUUUUGUGGAUUCGGACGCCUCGGAUUGGAAAACCGUCACAUAUCACACGGCCCGACGGCGUUCCCUCACUCCUGUGGCCUUCUACUAUCACCUGCUUUAGAGGAUCUUUCUGUUUUAAACAGCAUUCCGGAAUUCGAUAGGAACUGCAGAAUCGUCUGCUUUGCGACGCAAUCCGGGAUUUUAUCUUUUGUCUAAUGUAUUUUUUUGUCGUUUUUUUUCUGGUUUUCUGUCAUUUUUGAAGUCAGGAGUUUUUUUUUCUUCCCUUUGAAAAUUCCCAUUCCGCUAAAUUUAUGUUGAAACGACGUUCCAGGAUCUGCUCUUUAAAUGGCAUUCCAGAAUUUUUCUUAUUGGAAUUAUUAUUAUUAUUAUUAUUAUUAUUAUUAUUAUUAUUAUUAUGUUUAAAUGAAACUACAAAAUCUCCAAAGUUUUUUACAAGGAACCAGUUUGAAAAAACAAAAAACUAACUAAGAAAUAAAAACCUGAUUAACUCGAGUAGCAUUCCGGAGCCUCCAGUUUCAACGGAAUUCUGCAAUUAAUUAUUACUUCGUUUCUGAGUUUCUUUUUUUAGUUGCUUACUUUUAUAAUGAAAACCAACACGCAGUAUUGUUAUUAUUCAAAGUGGCAUUCCCCGGAAUUCUGCCAUGUUCUUUUAAAGUAUUAAGAUGAAAUCUUCUGCCCGGUUUGCCGGUGAUGGUUUCUGUUCAAAUGAAAAUUCCAAGAAUGUUCCGCAGAAAUGGGAAUUCUGGAAUCGUGUUCAAUAUGUGAAUCUCUUAUGUGAAUUGAAUUCAGGACUCCUGUGACUAAAAUGGGAAUUCUGGAAUCCUGGUUUUAAAGGGCAUUCCGAAACCAUCUACAUGAAUGACAUUCUGGAAUCUUUUUGGACGUCAUGCCGGAAUCUUUAGUUUAAAUGGCAUGCUGGCUGUGUUUUUUCUGGACUCUGAUCGUGUGCCUAAUCUGCUGCCGUCUUGCGCUUUUCCAAACCACUAAAAGAACCGGGUUUUAACCGGCAAAGCUUCAGUUCCUUUUCAGCACCGAUAAGAAACUGCAGGACUGCAGAACUGAGGAACCCGUGAGGUCACAGGCUGGGGGGAGGGGUGUUGGGAGGGUGGGGUUUUUCGGGGUCAUUUUGCUGCCAUGAAGACAAUUCAUAAAGUCACCUCGCUAUCACGAUCCUGAGAAAGGAGCAGAGAGGAAUGUUUAGAGGAAGAAUUAUGUGUGAGAUCAGGAGCUGGAGAAGAAACGCUCGAUGACUGAAUACUCGACCAUCGUCGCUAUCGCUAACAAAACUUCGUUUGAGCAGCUAUACGUAAAAAAAAAUCAUAAUAAAAACAAUGGAGUGUUGCCGUUGUCUUUCUCUGUGCUGUGUAUAGAAGCUGAAUGCUCAGAUGGUUGAAAAUGUGUUCGCAAAUCCACAAGUAAAACAUGAUGUGAAGUUCAA